AUGUCCCAGGCAAGCAAAACUCACCUUGAUGAACUCCAGAUAAAACGUCUGGAGGAGAUGUGCAUUGUCAUUGACAAGCAGGAUCAGAUUAUUGGAGCCGAAACCAAGAGGAACUGUCACCUAAUGGAAAACAUUGAGAAGGGCCUGUUACACUGAGGCUUCAGCGUCGUCCUCUUCAACGAAAAAAACCAGCUCUUGGACCAGCAGAGAGCAGAUGCCAAGUACACGUUUCCCGGACAUUUUACAGACUCCUGUUCUAGUCACCCUUUAUACAUGCCCGAUGAGUUGGAAGAGAAUGAUGCCUUGAGAGUGAGGAGAACAUCCCUGAGACGCCUGCAGGCUGAGCUGGGCAUCCCUCAAGAGCAGCUACUCACUCCAAUUUCCAUAAAGGACAUAAUUUUUAUAAACCGAAUCUACCACAAGAGUCCUUCUGAUGACAUUUGGGGAGACCACGAGAUUGGCUAUCUUCUGCUGGUGAGGAAAGACCGUGUGCUGAACCCAGAUGCCAGGGAAGUAAGAAGCUACUGCUACGUGAGCCAGGAGGACCUGCAGGAGCUCCUGGACAGGGGAGCUCUUGGGGAAGUGAAGAUCACCCCAUGGUUUAGAACCAUCAUAGAAGGCUUCCUGUUCCCUUGGUGGCCUUCUUUAGAGGAUGUGUCUCCAUUCAUUGAGCCUGACAAGAUAUAUGGACUGUGA